AUGUAUAAUAAUUUGAAUACCUAUAAAAAUAAAAAUUUAUCCCUUGAUAAGUCUUUAUCGUUCCAUAAGGAAUUGUUAGAGGACGCGGACAUAGACCUAAAUGAUGGAGGAUCCUUGGUUCAAAAUAAUGAAAAGCUAAAAGCUCACUCAAGAAUCGUUCUUCAAAAUUCAGAGCAGCAAAAUAAACAUACAAGCAAUAUUUUCAUUAUCACGGAAGAUGUACAAAGAUUAUUAAAAAGAAAAGAAAUAUUGCUUUAUAGGGACAAGAUCUCCAUCUUUAAUCAUACAAUCAAACAAGAUUUUAAGAAGGAGGAUGAAGAAUAUAUUUUAAAAUUAGAGAAUAUUUUGAAUGAUGUUAAAAUAACCGUUGUAGAAUUUGAACUACUAUUAAGAAUGAAAAUGUCAGGUAUAACGAAUUUCAUCAAGGUGAUGUGCAAACUCUGGAUCAAGCAAGAAGAUCUCUUGAAACAACAUUUCCAAAUGAGUUAG